GCUGAAGAAGAGGACCAAGAAUCAUCUCCGGCGACGGCUCAUGACGCCCCCAUCGUUUCCCCCUACAACGCCUGGAUCCGGCCACUGCUGGACACCGUAGACAAGCUGCGCCACCUCAAGAUCAUGCAGGAAGGCAUCCAGCUCCCCAUCAUCGUCGUCGUCGGCGACCAGUCCUCCGGCAAAUCCAGCGUCCUCGAAUCCCUUGCCGGCAUCCGCCUCCCCCGCGGUGACGGCAUCGGCACCAGAGUCCCUCUCAUCAUGAGGCUCAAGAAUCACCCGAGCCCCGAGCCUCAGCUCUCCCUCGAAUUCAAUGGCAGAACCGUUCAAACCGACGAAGCCAACGUCGUCGACGAGAUCAUGUACACCACUCAGGAAAUCGCCGGCAAAGGGAAGGGGAUCUCCAACACCCCCUUAACUCUCGUCAUCUAGAAGCAAGGCGUCCCCGACCUCACCAUGAUCGAUCUCCUCGAAAUCACUAGGGUUCCAGUCAAGGGCCAACCUCUACGUCAGAAACCGCAUCGGCGACGAGACUUAUGAAGAAGUGAGGGAUGAAGAAGCCAACCUCUUCGACAAUAAUCCCCUGCUUUCGAGGAGAAGAAGAGGAAGAAGAAUGCGGCAGCGGCGGAGAGAGCGACGGCGGUGGAGAUGACGAGGGAGAUGAAUA